GACUGACUGUACCGAUGGUGUGAAGGACCAAGAAUGUCGUUGUCGGAGGAAGUUGUGACUGAUUUUGGAAACACCAGGCCGACCUCGCCAGAAUAAGAAUUCAAGAUUUAACGUCAAAGCAGGGGAUAAAGAAGGGCAGAGAGUUCACUCAGAGCGGCAGUGAGACAGGGCUGGUGAUCUGCGGGCGGAGUGACACCGGCGAGUGUGGGCUUUGUAAAGACGCGAAUUUACUGACUCUGCCUUUUCAGGCCACUGCCCUCUCUCCACAAGUCAGACAUGACUAAGUUCCAGGGAUCAGUGUCAUUCAAGGAUGUGACUGUGGACUUCACCCAGGAGGAGUGGAAUCAUCUGGACCCUACUCAGAGGACCCUGUACAGAGAUGUGAUGCUAGAGAACUACAGCCAUUUGGUCUCUGUGGGGUGUCUGCAAACCAGAUGUGAUUGCCUCUUUGGAGAAGACAGGGCUUUGGAUCAUAGAGAGAGAAAUCUCAAGUUCAAGUUGUACAGCCGCUAGGUAGGGGCCUGGUGUGAAUGAUCCAGCUGAAUCUGCAUCCGAAGG